AAGAGUAGUGAAGCAGCUAGCUAAUGGUAAAUAGCUACGCUGUUCAAGGCAUUUAAUCUGAUAGCGAGAUAGCAUUAGCAGACGUUUCUAGCAUUAGCAGGGCUACUGUAGAAACAUGGCGGCGCAAAAUGGCGACUUCCAUGUAAGGGGACCCGCGGCGUAUGUAGAUAGAAAUGACUCAUUCUAAGGUAAUAAAAACGUAACGGUUCAUUAUGUAAGGUGUUUAUACACCACUGAAAACAUAGUUACGUAUAUUAUAUUGCAUUUCUGUCAAUAGAUCCUCCUAAAUAUUACACACUGGACCUUUAAGCUUUCAAAUGAUACCUAAUUUAUGAUGAUUAGCUACUAAAAUAUGUGAUGGGGAAAAGACCAUAAAAAGCGGGACGCUGACAAUAAUUGGGCUGAUUCCCCAGGGAAUUUACAGAGUUUUCUUUAGUAAAUCAUCUUAGUAAAAGUGUAACUUUUUUUUUUUUUUGCCAAAGCCAUUUUGUGUCUUUGUGAUUAUUUUGAAGUAUCAGACACCUGACAUUGUAUAUUGCUGAUCUUAUAUGGAAUAUGUUUUACUUGCUAUUGAUUAAGAAAGCCUUGUUUUAACUUGUUUUGUUCCCGAUGGAUCUGCUCUUCCCGUGGGAUCUUCACCUCAGCACGCAUUUCUGGGGUCCGGUGGCUAACUGGGGUUUGCCCAUUGCUGCCAUCAGCGACAUGAAGAAGAGUCCGGAGAUCAUCAGCGGCAGAAUGACCUUUGCUCUCACCUGCUACUCGCUGCUGUUCAUGCGCUUCGCCUAUAAGGUCCAGCCCAGAAACUGGCUGCUGUUCGCCUGCCACUUAACCAAUGAGACGGCACAGAUCAUCCAGGGCACCCGACUCAUCAAAUACAACAUGGAGAAGAAGGCCAAAUAACCGUCAUGUUCCCUCGAGCUCUUCAGGAGGAUCUGCACUGCAGCAUCUGAUCUGUUUUAAUGCAAAUAAAUUAUCAUUCAUGAUCACAGAUGAUUGGUUUUAUGCUACUUUCUCUCUCUGUUACACAUUUAACAUUUUAAGCCUUACAAACACAGUCUUGAAGGUUAUAAUUUGUAUGUAAUGUAGAAAUAUUUGAUUAAUUUAUUUCCAUACAUAAUGCAAUCAGUGUGUGUUAAAUUAACAUGGAGAAAAUAAAAAAAUCUAAUAAUG